UUGGCUCGUGGGUAUGGCCGCACCAGGAAGAGGGUGGAAAAAAAUGCCAUAGCGAGGGCACUCCGUUAUGAGCUGUGGCAAACAUUUCAACGGAGUCACAGCAAGAGGGCACUUCAAAAGAAGUGGUGUGACCUUAAAAGACACCAUUCCACAAGAAUUGCAAAUAUGAGCAACACAUUAUGCCCGGGUCAAGCCGUUCCAAAAGUAAAAAUUUGCAAACCUAAACAGGUGGUUGAGGAGGAGCCAGAUGACUCCAUGGAGGAAGAGGAGGAGGUGGUGGAGGAGCCAGAGGACUCCAUGGAGGAAGAGGAGGAGUUAGUGGAAGAGCAGGUGGAUCCAGAGCGGCCUGGACCUUCACAUGAUGUUGCUGUAACAGUGGCGGUUGAGGCGGAGGAAGCCGGACCCUCCCAUACCCAGGAUUCAGACCCCCCCUAGCUGCAGAAGAGGAGGAGAGCCAGGUGGUCUACACCCCCCACCAGGAGAGUAAAUAUGUGCACAAAUUCCUAUAAUUUGGUAUAAAUAACAUAUUCCCAAGCAUCCCACGAUCCCCCGACCACCCUGCUUCUCCGGCACUGCAAUGCACAUGUGUACGUAAUCCGACAAAUUAGCAGCCCUUAGUUAACAUGGCUGCCUGUUUAGCUUAGCAGUAUUUGCACCCCAGAUGACAAAAGUUUAUGCCUGGGGGCAGGGUAUCUGUUGGCUCGUAAUACACUGUCCCUCUGCGUGAAGUCACGUCCCGCCGAGGCCUACUCUUAAU